AUGAGCACAGUUAGUCGGCUCGGAUUCACCGAGCUUGGGGUCAAGGGACGCGACGGGCCGUUCCGGUACAAUGUCAUCUUCGUCCAUGGCCUCAAAGGUCACCCCAAACAUACGUGGGGACGCGAGACGACUAGAGGGGGUACGACCCAUCAAAGGAUAGAUGUUGGCUUGAAUAGGAGAAUGGUGUCCAUUAGGUCUCUCCUUAAGAGGGGAAAGACCACUGGUACCGCUCUUUCGGAGGCCGGCAAUCAACACAAGCCAUUCUGGCCGGAAGAGUUUCUUAGUCGAGAUCUUCCGGAUGCGCGGAUAUGGACCUAUGGGUAUAACGCGGACGUCAUUCAGGGAAUGUUCCAAGCGGGAAACCAGAACAGCAUCUCGCAGCACGGGAGGGAUUUGUCUGCCCAUUUUGAGCGGGAUAUCGACAACAAAGACCCGAUCGUCUUCAUAGCCCACAGCCUGGGCGGCAUUCUGGUUAAAAGUGUAAUUCAUUUGUCAGAAAAAUGUCGAUCGCGAACGAGGCUCAUUGUUUUUCUUGGAACUCCUCACCGAGGUAGCAGAGUUGCAGACUGGGGGAAAAUACUAUCUAACCUGUCUCGGAUUGCACUACAAGAACCAAACGCCAGGAUUCUCAGAGGCCUUCAAGUAGAUAGUGAGGUCCUUGAGAAUAUUCAUGAGGAGUUUAAAGUACAUGUUCAUAAAUGUGGAUUCAAGAUCUACUCAUUCCAAGAGGGUCGUGCGCCGGAAACGCUGGGAAUCAGUCACAAGAUUGUCGAUGACUUCUCGUCCAAGAUGGACCUUCACCGUGGACUGGAGACCGUCCAGAGUAUGGAUGCCGACCAUAGACAAAUUGCAAAAUGCAUCAAUGAGGAGGACCCCCGCUACCGUGCUAUUCUCGGAGUAUUAAAACAAUUCGCUAGUGAAGAGUUCGAUUGCCUGACCGGAGAAGGAAUCUCACAUAUUGAACCGAACAGUUCUGCGUCCAGUAUCAAACAUGCGACCGAUUAUACGGAUGGUAACACCGAUGUACAGCCAAUGAUCCAAGAGAGUGGUCCUAGGCCAACCUUUAACCCUAUCUACUACCUCCCAUUUACUGCAAACAGAAAGUUCACUGGUCGAGAGAGCGUGUUGCAAACUAUCCAGGAAAAACUCUUCUCUGAGCUUCCAUGCCAAAGAAUUGCGUUAGAUGGUUUAGGGGGUGUCGGUAAAACCCAGGUAGCCCUCCAGUUUGCCUACUGGAUGAAGACCAACCAGCCGACAUACUCCGUCUUCUGGAUUCCGGUACUCAGUGAAGCGAGCUUUGAGCAAGCAUAUAUGGAAAUUGGCAAAGUGCUGUCUGUACCGCGCGAAAGCGACGAGGACUAUAAGAAAACCGUCCAGCGUUACCUCUCCACAGAGAAGGCGGGCAAGUGGCUGCUCAUUAUAGACAAUGCGGAUGAUAGGGCUAUGAUAUUUGGGGCACCUGGGAAACCUGGAGUAAUCAACUUUCUGCCUCAAACCGAUCAUGGCCUUUUUUUGCUCACCACCAGAGUCAGAGAGAUAGCCAUAUUAUUUGCAGAAACAGAUGUCAUUGGUAUAAACGAGAUGAGCUCACACGAAGCAAGAACUCUUCUGGAUAAGAGUUUGAUAACGAGAGAGGAAAGUCCUGACGAACACGUUGAUCAGCUUUUGAAGGAAUUGAGCUAUCUACCUCUGGGUAUUACACAAGCUGCUGCCUAUCUCAAUCGAAACUCGAAUAUAUCCACGAGAAGAUACCUGGACCUUUUACGUGGGGCCGAAAUUGAGAAAGCUCAGGUGCUAAGUCGAGGGUUUCAUGACCAACGGAGAUAUUCUGGGCUAUCAAACGACAUAAUGUCAACCUGGCUGGUAUCGUUCAGCCAGAUUGCUAAAGAGGAACCGUUUUCUUUCAAACUGCUCUCGUUCAUGGCGUGCAUUGAGCCAAGAGCUAUUCCCAAGAUAAUUCUGCCCAUCGGCAGCUCAGAGGAAGAGAUGGAGAACGCGAUAGGAACCCUCUGCGGUUACUCGUUUUUAACCCAAAGGCAAGAUCCGAAUACGUUUGACAUGCACAGACUGGUUCACCUGGCAACAAUUCGCUGGUUGGAAGGUCAAGGUAUGACGCAGGAGAUUCUGACGGAUGCAGUUCAAGGGAUUUUCGAGAACAUGGCAAAGCAGUCGGCUGCUGAUGAAUCGUCGGCCUAUUCAAAAUGGAGACAAAUAUUGCCCCAUGGGUUGAGACUGAUAAGCCAAAGCGAAUCCCUCUACAGCGAAGAUUUAUGCAACCUAUGUCAGUAUGUUGGCACAUGUUUGCUCACGGAGAGACGGUUCAAGGAGGGCAUAGACUGUCUGCACAAAACUGUAAGCUGGGGCAGGGCAAACCUUGCCCGGGAUGAUCAUCUCAGGCGAGACUUGGAUUACAUGCUUGCCUAUGCACUACUUCAAGAAAUGCGCGUGGACGAGGCAAUUGAGAUCAUCGAACCAAUCGUGAAUUCAAACAAAGAAACCUUCAAAGAUGACGAGGAAUUUCUAUGCAGUUCAGAGCAUCUGCUUGCAAGCGCUUAUCUCGAGAACAAGCGAGUGGAUGAGGCCAUAGAGAGGUUUGAGGCCAUGUACAGGAAUGCUGGAGAGGAUACAACAAAUUUUGGAUUUGGUCAUAUCGGGCAUCAGCUUGCCAGUGCUUACGUUGAAACCGGACGUGCUAAAGAGGCAAUCGAGAUCCUUGAACCCAUUGUGCAGGACAAGCGGCGAACAUCAAGAAAAGAGGACCGAGACCGGCUUUCUUCGGAGCAUGAACUUGGUAGGGCAUAUAUUCAAGAGGGCCGAUUUCAUGAGGCAAUUGAAAUCCUCGAGCAUGUGAUCAACGUUCAGAAAGAGUAUCAAAGGGAAGAUGACGGUGCACGACUGGCUUCAGAACAUGAGUUUGGUCUGGCUUGUCUCAGAUCCCGGCGCAUUAAAGAGGCCAUUGAGGUAUUGGAACAUGCUGUUAAGUUUCGGAAAGUGGUUUUGGGUGAAGAGAACAACCUCUCUCUCGUGUCGGAGCAUGAGCUUGCACUUGCAUACCUGGAAGAUGGGCGUAUCGAAGAGUCAAUCGAAAUACUGGAACGCUUGGUUCGCAUUAGGAAGGAGACCUUGAAGGAAAAUGAUGAAUCACGCUUAGCUUCGGAGGGUGCCCUUAAGAGAGCAUAUCGACAACGUAAAUCUUUUUCAUAA